AUGGCAGACGCUACCUCGGGCGUGACCGCCGAUGGACUGAAGACCAAGUUGAUUGAGCAGUUGCAGGCACAGCAUGUCGAGAUUGAGGACCUUUCGGGUGGUUGCGGCCAGGCUUUCCAGGCGGUGGUUGUGUCGCCGCAGUUCGAGAAGAAGACCAUGCUUGCUCGGCACCGGUUGGUGAACUCGGUUCUGAAGGAGGAGAUCGCGGCGAUCCACGCCUGGACGCCGAAGUGCUACACCCCCGAACAGUGGCAGGCGAUGCAGCAGUAG